AUGCUUCCCCAAGAGGAAGAAAGAGCUGGAUUGGUGGCUCCAAUGCCCAUUCGCUCAUCUGUAGUCAUUCUUGCAAAACGAAACUUGGCUACACUUUGCAUUGUGGUUAUUCACGUCUACCUCCCACCUUCGAGUUCCUUGAAGGAGGAGGCCAUGUAUGACAUGUUGCUGAAUUUCUAGAGCCCUGUAUGGGUAGUAGGAUCCUGUUUUUCAUUGGUUGAGUGAUCUGGGAAGCAUACCAAGGGGGGUACAUUUCAAACAGCAAGUCUGAGGGCCUGGUGGGGAGAAAGAACUGGGAGAGGUGGGCAUUGACUGUUGGAAGCCCACAAGAGAGAUUAGCAGGGGAAGGACGUGAUGAAGAAAAUGCAGAAUGCUGCUUUACCACCUAGAGGAAGUUUUAAACCGGUGGUUCCAGGAUUCUCCCAGCCUCUAUCUCUCCUACGCCCCGAAGCUGGGAAGGUCUAAAACGAAGGCCGAGAGAAGACCCGGAAGUGGUGAGGACCUUGAAGCACGUGAUGAGGGAACCCACCGGUGCUGUCACGUGACUCUCUGUUUAAGGGUGCGGGUGCGAAAUGUUCAGCUACUCUUAAAGACCCUCAUCCGUCCCACUGGAGCCAAGUUUGAACUCUCGCUGACUUCGGACUCCCGGGGGGACCAGAACCUGAAGCCAUGGGAGGCUGUACGGGCUCGCCGCGGCGCCUUUCGGAUUCCGAGGGGGAGGAGACAGACCCGGCACCUCGGCCUCCGCUGCAAGACAGUCAGGGCGCCCAUUGGAAGAACGCGGUGGGCUUCUGGUGAGUGGCCUGAGCUCUUGGGCCUCUGCAACAACUUCUCUUAUGUGGUGAUGCUCAGCGCUGCCCACGACAUCCUUAGUCACCAGAGAACACCUGGGAAUCAGAGCCAUGUGGACCCAGACUCAACGCCCACCUCCCACAAUAGCUCAUCUCGAUUUGACUGCAACCCUGUUUCCACAGCAGCAGUGCUUCUGGCCGACAUCCUUCCCACCCUCAUCAUCAAAUUGCUGGCUCCUCUUGGCCUUCAUCUGCUGCCCUACAGCCCCCGGGUGCUCACCAGUGGGAUCUGUGCUGCAGGAAGCUUCCUCCUAGUUGCCUUUUCUCAUUCCGUGACGAUCAGCCUGUGUGGUGUGGUCUUGGCUAGCAUCUCUUCAGGUCUGGGGGAAGUCACCUUCCUCUCACUCACUGCCUUCUACCCCAGGGCCGUGAUCUCCUGCUGGUCCUCAGGUACUGGGGGAGCAGGGCUGCUAGGGGCACUGUCUUACCUGGGCCUCACCCAGGCUGGCCUCUCUCCCCAGCACACCCUGCUGUCCAUGCUGGGUAUCCCCGCCCUGCUGCUGGCCAGCUAUUUCUUGUUGCUCACAUCUCCUGGGCCACAGGAUCUUAGAGGGGAAGAGGAUUCAGACCCAUCAGCUCGGCAGCCGCUGAUCAACAAUGAGUCCUCAGAGUCGAAGCCAGGCUCCGGCUCACCCCUCUCCCUUCAGGAAAGGUGGACCGUGUUUAAGGGCCUGUUGCACUACAUCGUCCCCUUGGUGCUGGUUUACUUCGCUGAGUAUUUCAUCAACCAGGGACUCUUUGAACUCCUCUUCUUCCGGAACACGUUCCUGACUCAUGCUCAGCAGUACCGCUGGUACCAGAUGCUGUACCAGGCCGGCGUCUUUGCCUCCCGCUCCUCCCUCCGCUGCUGUCGCAUCCGCCACACGUGGAUCCUGGCCUUGCUGCAGUGCCUCAACCUGGCCUUCCUGCUGGUGGACGUGUGGCUGAGCUUCCUGCCGAGCAUCUACCUCAUCUUCCUGAUCAUUGUGUAUGAGGGGCUCCUAGGGGGUGCGGCCUACGUGAACACCUUUCACAACAUUGCCGUGGAGACCAGCGAUGAGCACCGGGAAUUUGCCAUGGCAACCGCCUGUAUCUCUGACACCUUGGGGAUCUCGCUCUCAGGGCUCCUGGCCCUGCCUCUGCAUGACUUCCUCUGCCAACUCUCCUGACAUUCUGACUCCUUGGGACAUAGGACACGCUGACCUGGGCCUCUACUGAUAGGUGGACAGGUUGGACCAACCCCAUGCCCACCCAGAUCCCAUCUGUGAGGUCUAUCCCCAGCCUUCCCUACAUGGCUGUGGUGUAGAAAAGUGCUGAGGCCCCAUUCCCCUUGGACGGAGGGGCAGCAAUUUUUCUAUCACUACCAAGCUGGUUUCAGGGAAUUUCUUGGCAUUAGGCCCUCGGAAUAAAUGCCUAUUUUAUCAAUUGA